UUUACAUGAAGGGGAAAAAUGAAACUGUCCCCUAAAACAGUCACUGGUGUUCUUCAUCUACAGAAUAAAGGGGCUUGUGAUUGGGGAUGGCAAGGUUUGAUAGCACAGGGAUGUCAGAGAUAUGUUUCGAUUAUUGACCCCAAAAAUGUUCAGGUCAUACAAGUAUUGGUUAAGCAUAAGGGAACAGUAGUAAAGGUGAAAUGGUCACAUGAGAAUUACCACCAUGAUCUUGGAAGUCCUUAUACACUAAGAUUAGCAUCUGGUGAUUCUAAUGGUUUGAUUAUAAUAUGGGAUGUCAAACAAGGAGAACCAAAAACUGAAUUCAGUGAUGGCAACAAACCUAUACAAGAUUUACAAUGGUUGUCAAACCAGGAUGCCUCAUAUGAUUUACUGGUAGCUCUGCAUCCUCCAUACUCUAUGAUACUAUGGAAUGCAGACACAGGGACCAAGUUAUGGAAGAAAUCAUACACAGAAACAUUGUUAUCAUUCUCAUUUGACCCAUUUAACCAUAGAAAUGUUGCAUUUUUAGGACAAGAUAGUAUCAUUUUCAUUGAAGACUUCUCCAUUACAAAGACUCCUUCAGAUAAUGGAAAGAAAUUUUAUAUCUGUAGUCCCUCUAGUCAAGCUUCCUCACUGAAGGCAGAGAGUUUAAAUGGUAGUUUAGAGAAAAAAUCCAUGUCAUCAAAGAAUCUAGCCAAGAAAAUGAGUUCAAUUCUUGUUGGGGAACCAUCAAAGAAAACGACUGCUGACAUAGAAUCCAUGGCUUUAAAUGAAUGUUUACAAUUGCUCCAUCAUCAGUCAUGUCGACACCAUCUCAUAUUACUGUACCCAAGGGAAAUUCUUAUCUUAGAUCUAGAAAUUAACCAGACUGUGGGCAUUAUACAAAUGGAAAGAUCAGGAUCACCAUAUGUGCAGGUAUUAUCCUUAAGGCAGAGAGAUGUUUUGAUUUGUUUACAUGAGAAUGGAAGUCUCACAGCGAGGGUUAGAAGGAAAACCAAUGUAAUCAAUACACCUGCAUCUGAGGGGACGGGAGCAUUUGAUGACUCUCCUCCUCCAAUGUCAAUGGAUAUGAUGUAUGACGUGAGAUGUCAGUCAGAUUCUAUGAGAGUGACGAGAAACAGUAAAGUUUGUUGUAUAACAUGUUGCCCUGUAUCAGAGAAGACAAUAACAUUGUCAGUAACAGAUGGGAGAAUGAUUUUCUGGGAAAUAUUGUUAGCACAGAAUCCAUCAGUGAUUUCCACACCAAAGGGUGUCUGCACAAAAUUAGAUUUUCCUGUAAUAAGUGACAUUCCAGCGCCAAAGUCAGUAUUGAGUAGUAUGAUUGGCCAUCAUAGCAUUCCAAUAGGUCAUGGUCAUCUGAAGUUUGUAAUGACUGGGUUACUGUCUGGUGUUGCACCUGCAGUAACAGUCCUCAGAAUGUGUCCCCCAAUGACCACAAAGAACUAUCAUAUCUACAACCCACUCUUGGCUUUGGGUAACAAUAAUGGUAUUAUUCAAAUCCUAAAUAUAUCAUCUGGAGAAAUAGAGAAGGAAUAUAGUGUACACACAACUACAGUCAGAGGUAUUGAAUGGUGCAGUUUACAGAGCUUCAUGUCCUUUUCCUACCCAAAUCCAGGACCAACAGGACAAGUGAAAAAUGAAAUUGUAUUUGUUGAUGUAUCUUCUGGUAAAAUUACCCAUGUCAGACCAAAUAGAGACCAUGAAUCUCCUAUAGAAAUAUUGAGAGUGUCUUAUUCAAGGAAUUACUUUGUGAUUGGAUUUAAAGACAAACCAACAGAACUAUGGGAUGUAAAGACAUUAACAAUGCUACGAGAGACAGGUAAAAGUCUGCCGAUACCAACUGCAAUAGAGUGGUCACCAUCAUUUGGGGGUAAAACUUCCAAGAAGAAACACAGUCAUUUGUUAGCCCUUAGUCACACACCAGAGAGUGAUGAGAAUAGUUCAGCAGUAACUAUGUCACAGAGUACAACUUCUACAAUCGAAUCCAUGGAAAGUAAGUCCUCUGCACAGAGAGAACAUUUAGUGUACUCAGAUAUGGAUGGCAGUCUGUACCAUUUCAUUAUAGAAAACAACACAUUUGUAGAUGCCUCAAAAAUUCCACCAGAGACAAAUAUUGGAACAAUAAAAUGUAUUGCAUGGAAGGGAGAUAAUAUAGUAUUUGGUGACCAAGAUGGACAAGUGUCAGUGUGGGACUUGAAGCUGAAAACACAGAGAACCAUUCAUACCAGAAGGGGAUGGAUAAAAAGAAUAAGAUUUGCACCAGGAAGAGGAAACACAAAAUUUGGUGUUCUUUACUUGGAUGGUAUGGAUAUAUUUGAAUUAAAGGAAGGAAAGCUAGAGAUGCUGAGUUCGUUGAAAAGUCCCAAAGAAAUAGCAAAGAUAGUAGACAUUGAUUGGGCGGGAUCAGACAGACCUGUUAUAGCUACAAAUGAUGGUUGUGUAAUAGUGUUUGACAUCUUACUCAAAUUGUCUCAUUGCAAGAUAGAAGAUCUCGAACUUCCAGAUAACCUGUUUUCACCACACAUCCUACCUUCCAAGGGAGCACUGUUGAUGAAGUAUUUUCUCCAUCACCAACCGUGGAGUGAUAAAUACACAUUUAAGAUAGAGGCUGGAGGACUUAGAGAUGAUGAUGCUAAACUUGUAGAGGAUAUAAACAGACAGUUCAGUUUGAUAGAUAGAGAUUUGGCUGAUUAUUUACCAGUAUGUAAAUUUGGUGUAGCAGAGAGAUGUCUUCUUGUAGCAAGGUUGUUUGGUGAUGAAUCAGAUGUUUUAUUCUGGACAGUUGCUAUGAACUAUCUUUGUAAAGAGAAGAUAUCACCCAUAAAGGACGACAAUCAGGCAAGUUCUGGUGAUAGAUUUGUACCUCCGACACCAGCAUAUAAAGAAACAAAUGAUCUUGUUGUCCUAGAUAACCCAGAGGAACAGGAGAAGAAAUUCCAAGAAAGACAGUUGUAUGGAUGUCAUCCAUUAGAGAGCUACUUUGACACUAUUUGUGAUAAUUCCAGUUACAAGAAAUACCAGCUCGACAGGGUUGCUCUUCAUGACAGUAAACGUGCAACUUAUGACCACACAAAGAAAUGUGCAGAAAAUUAUGUGAUGCUAGGACAAACAGACAGAGCUGUACAGUUAUUUUUGGAAACAGAGCCUGACAAUGAUAUCUAUUACACUGAUUGUUUGAGAGCCUGCUUAGUAGCCAGUAUUAGAUUUUCUGGAGCUUCUCAAAGUACUAUAAAAUUAGUAGCUACUAAUCUGAUUGCUAACGGAAAAUUGACAGAGGGUGUCCAGCUGUUGUGUUUGAUAAACAAAGGGUUGGAUGCCUGUAGAUAUCUACAGACUUAUAGUGAGUGGGACCUGGCUGUAUGGCUUGCUAAGUCGACAUUGAACUACAGUGAAUUUGCAGAAGUGAUGAAGAGAUGGGUGGAUCAUUUGUGUAGUCCACAUGUCAAUCAAAAGAGUAAAGCUGUAUUAGUACAGUUGUCCCUGGGACAGUUCAGUAAGGUACUUGAGAUGUUGUAUGGUAUGAGACAGUUUAACAGAGCUGCUUGUUUUGCUGAAGCCUGUACACAGUUUGGACUUCUGGAUAAAUCAGACGAUACAGUGUCUUUGGUAGAAGCAGUAUAUUUGGAGUAUGCUAGAUUAUUAUCCAAUCUUGGAUAUAGACAAGCUGCUGAACACUACUGUCAAAAAGCUGGAGAAAAGGGGGAACAGUUCUUGAAAGAAGUCAAGAUUUUAUUUACCUGAUGAGUUAGAUUAUCAAUUACAUAGAAUUUGUUGUAAAAUCAUUGUAGUGGACCAAUUGUUAAACAAUACAUUGCGACAGUGAGACACAGUGAGGUUACAGAUGUUUUUAUGACUGCUUUCUUUAUUUCAUUUAAGUUGUGUUUGCAGAUACAUGAAUGUAUUUCAUGGCUUUGAUGCAUGCAUUUACUAAAAAACAUGGAAACUAAUAAGUUAUCAAAACAGCAAGUGAGAUGUUUUAAUUCAUGAAAUUGUUGGUGCAAUAUUUGUUUUGGUUGUAAAUAUAUUUUAAGGAAUUAUAAAUUCUCCAUGUUGAAAUUAAUUGUUAACUAGUAUAAAUUUUAAAUUAUGUAGAAAUUAUUGAUAUUGUAUCGAAUAUAUUUAUUUAUUGUUGAAAUAUACAAUUAUUCAAA